AUAGGAAAUUAUUCCAUCUUCCUGUCUUGAUGGACAGUGUUACGUUGCGCGUGGUUUUGUGUGUGUCAGCUCUCUGUGUGUGGAGCUCGGCAGCGCGUGGACGCAGUGAUGUGCUCGAGCUCAAAGACGCAGACUUCGAUUACAUCGCGCCCGAGCACGAGACCCUGCUGGUGAAGUUUUAUGCUCCAUGGUGUGGUCACUGUAAGAAACUUGCACCGGAGUUUGAAACUGCUGCUACAAGAAUAAAGGGAACAGUAACUUUAGCCAAGGUGGACUGCACUGCUAAUACAGAGAUCUGCAAGCGCUAUGGGGUCACUGGAUACCCAACACUCAAAAUAUUUCGGAACGGACAGGAAUCAUCCUCGUAUGAUGGGCCGCGCUCAGCUGAGGGAAUCGUGAACUAUAUGAAGAAACAGGCCGGACCCGAUUCUGUGCCUCUGCAUAGUGAGCAUGACCUGGAGAACUUCAUCAACCACUUUGAUGCCAGCAUAGUUGGAUUUUUCUCAGGGACGGACAGUUCUCAGCUCUCUGAGUUUCUUAAAGGAGCCAGUUUAAUGAGGGAGAGUUUCCGCUUUGCUCACACCGCAGAUCUAGAGCUGGGAAAGAAAUACGACGUCAAAUAUGAGUCUGUGCUUCUGUUCCGCCCCCCCAGACUGAGCAGUAAGUUUGAGGAGAGUGUGGUUCACCACACGGGACCCCUGUCCAUCACAGGCCUGCGCCGCUUCAUCAGAGACAACAUUUUUGGACUCUGUCCUCACCUGACCAAAGAGAACAAGGAUUCACUGAGGAAGAGGGAUUUACUGACGGCCUUCUAUGACUUGGAUUAUCUUCACAACCCCAAAGGCUCCAACUACUGGAGAAACAGAGUGCUGAAGGUGGCGACGAAGUUCAGUUCUCAGGGCCUGUUGUUUUCGGUGGCGAACCGUAAUGACUUUCUGGAGGAGCUGGAGGAUGAGUUUGGUCUGGGCACGUCAGACUCAACUGAGCUGCCGUUUGUCACCAUCAGGACACGAACAGGAAACAAAUACACCAUGAGAGAGGAGUUCACACGAGAUGGCAAGUCUUUAGAAAACUUUCUAGAAGAUUAUUUUUCUGGCCGACUGAAGCGUUACGUCAAAUCAGAGCCUGUGCCUGCCAAAAACAGUGCAGCUGUCAAGGUGGUUGUGGCAGAUACGUUUGAGGAGAUCGUCAAUGACCCAGAGAAAGACGUGCUUAUCGAGUUUUAUGCUCCAUGGUGUGGCCAGUGUAAAAAACUGGAGCCCAAAUAUACAGAGCUUGGAGAACGGCUAUACAGUGAUCCUAGUAUUGUAAUCGCCAAGAUGGAUGCAACUGCCAAUGAUAUCCCACAGGGCUAUGACGUGCAAGGGUUUCCUACAAUAUACUUUGCUGCUGCUGGCCGGAAAGAUGAGCCAAAGCGAUAUGAGGGAGCCCGUGAAGUGAAGGAUUUCAUCAACUUCCUGAAGCGUGAGGCAUCCAAACCUCUUGUUCUGAAUGGAGUCAAGGAAGAGCUGUAAACGUUAAAGGAGGAGAUUGCUGUAUGUUGAGUUAUUCAGGAAGAGUGAAGAAUCCUGUAGGAUCCUGCUGCAGUUCAGCCAUAUAUAUCACCAUAUCAAAUAAAUCGGCUGCAAUCAAGAACAUAAAACCAAUUGUAAUUAUACAGAGAUCCAGGGCCUCAUUUAUAAAAUGUUGUGCAGAAAUUUGAUCUUACGGUUAUCUCACAAAUAUGCAUGCAUGUGAUAUAUAGAAAGAAUGUAUGCACAGAAAACGCACAUAUGCCUCUUUUUCAGAUGUGAAAUCUAUGAAUUGCAAGUGAACGUAAACUGAAUGGUUUCAGCUCUCUGCCUUGUCCGCUCAGACCCUGACGCUGAGCACUUUUCCAUGUUAAAGCAAGGUUUUACAAAUAUGAGCAUCAGUGUGGAUUUAAGCGCAAGCAUACUCGAGGAUCAAAUCUGUACAUACGCCCCCAUUAUUUAUAUUGUCCACAUCAUGAUAGAAAAUAGUGCAGAUUGCUGCUUAUGUUGAGUCCUGUUUUGUUGUUUAAUCAUUUUGUUAUUUGUUGCAUGAGUUUCAUUGAUCUGUUCUUUACUGUUUAUACUUAACAUGUCCGUUUGAACAUCUCUGUACACUAGUUAUCAUUGUUGUUCAACAUACGUUUACAAAAAUACCAAUAUCCAUGCCCUGUAUGGAUGGUGAAACUAAUCUGAUUUCAUGCAGUAGAUGCACAGUAACUGGUUUCAAGCAGUUUGUGGUGAAUCAGCAUCAAGAAGCAUUAUUAAUGUUUGCAAAAUGGAAAAGCAUUUUUUAACCCAAAGUCUGUUAUGACACAGGUUGAACAACUGGUUAUGUAAUGUUUAUUUAUUGACUAUUUAUAGAGUUUGGGUGUGAAAUGGAUGCGGUUUAUAUUGUGAAUGCUGACCUGUUCGUUUCUGUGUAUCUAUGCCUUAAGGUUUAGUAUGUAGGUGGUUUGUUUGACAUCUAACUGAAGCUCUGUUCAGCAAGAGAUACUCACUGAGGAGCAGAAAAUGCUGGUUUAUUAAAAUAACUACUUUUGGUCAGCCGUUUCUUUCAUGAAAACUGUAUGCAUUAAGAAUGAACCAUAAAAGUUGCUUAUGUUUUAAAGCACUAUAAUACCACAAGGAUACAGAAAACAACUAAAACUUAAAUUUAUAUUACAGACAAUUUGAGUUUAUAUACACACACACACACAUCCCAGAGACAUGUAAGACUCUCACACAACUUAGGAAAAGACAUUUAUUGUGAAUUCUGAACCCUGGUUCCUCAACAGCUGUAAAUAGAGAA